GGGGGCGGAGCGUCGCGGGUGGUGGGGGCGGGGUAUGGCGCGCUGUGCGGCGCUGGGCGGCUGGCACAAACGGCGGCGCCGGGGUCGGAGGAAAAAGCUCGCCACCCUGACGUGUCCCUUCCCAAGCCUCUAGGGACAACAGUGGACUUGGGGACCAGCGAGCACCCCCAGGGCACAAGAGGAGCCUCUGCUGCCUGUCCUGCCUCACCCUGCCCCACACCAGGCCCAGGGGCCCCCAUCUGCAUCAAGUGGAGGAGGAGGAGGCGGAGGAGGGUGGCACCAUGGGCCCGGGCCGUGCCCUCCAUGCCCGGGAGAUGAAGACAUUGCUGCCAUGGACAGCCCGUGCCAGCCGCAGCCCCUGAGUCAGGCUCUCCCUCAGUUGCCGGGGUCUGUGUCAGAGCCCUUGGAGCCCAGCCCGGUCAGGAUGGGGGUAGAGAGUUACCUGCCCUGUUCUCUGCUACCCUCUUACCACCGUCCAGGAGCGCCUGUUGAGGCCUCAGCAGGGAGUGGGCCCUCCAGAGCCACAGCCACCUCCACCACUGCCAGUCCCUUGCAGGAGGGCUUUGGUGGACAUGAUGGUGGUGAGCUGUGGCCGCUACAGAGUGAAGGUGCUGCGGCGCUGGUCACCAAGGAGUGCCAGCGACUGGCAGCCCAGGGAGCCCGACCUGAGGCCCCAAAACGGAAAUGGGCAGAGGAUGGUGGGGAUGCCCCUUCACCAGGCAAGCGGCCCUGGGCCAGGCAAGAGAACCAGGAGGCAAAGGAGGAGGAUGUCAGGGGUUGUGGCAGGGGUUGUGGCAGUGGCAGUGGCAAUGGCAGCCGUGAGACAAAUGCUAGGAUGAGGGAAGAAGCCCUGCCCUCUACACCUGAACGCCUGGCUCUGGACUACAUUGUGCCUUGCAUGCGGUACUAUGGCAUCUGCGUCAAGGACAAUUUCUUGGGGGCAACACUGGGAGGCCGUGUGCUGGCUGAGGUGGAGGCCCUGAAGUGGGGUGGGCGCCUGCGUGAUGGGCAGCUAGUGAGCCAGCGGGCAAUCCCACCGCGCAGCAUUCGUGGGGACCAGAUUGCCUGGGUGGAAGGCCAUGAGCCGGGCUGUCGGAGCAUCGGUGCCCUGAUGUCCCAUGUGGAUGCUGUAAUCCGCCACUGUGCUGGGCGGCUGGGCAGCUACGUCAUCAAUGGGCGCACCAAGGCCAUGGUGGCGUGUUACCCAGGCAACGGGCUAGGGUACGUGAGGCACGUUGACAAUCCCCACGGCGAUGGGCGCUGCAUCACCUGUAUCUAUUACCUGAACCAGAACUGGGAUGUUAAGGUGCAUGGUGGCCUGCUGCAGAUCUUUCCUGAGGGUAGGCCUGUGGUAGCCAACAUCGAGCCUCUCUUUGAUCGGUUGCUCAUUUUCUGGUCUGAUCGACGGAACCCCCAUGAGGUGAAACCAGCCUAUGCCACCAGGUACGCCAUCACUGUCUGGUAUUUUGAUGCCAAGGAGCGGGCAGCAGCCAAAGACAAGUAUCAGCUAGCAUCUGGACAGAAAGGUGUUCAAGUACCUGUAUCACAGUCAACCACGCCCACCUAGUGGCCGGCCCUGGAGCUGCAUGGACCGACAGCUCGCCCGACUUCAGGAGAGCCCGGGCCCCGCGGCAGCCCACAGUCUUAGUGCCUGCUCCUUCCCUGCCACUGCUGCUGCUUCUGGCUUGCCUCUGUCCUGCCGGGCAUGGAGGACUCUGUGCAUCGCUGAGGACCAAGAAGGAGGAGUGAUCUCUGCUGCUCUUUGAGGAGAGCUGGGGUUAUGACCUGGGCAGUGGCCAGUGUUGGGGGCUACCAUUACUGAAGCGGAGACCUGUGUCCUGUCCUGUGUGGUCAUUACCCUGCUGGGUGUAAGAGCUGGGAAGAGGCAGGAUUUGGGGUUGAGGUGAGUCAUGGCCUCUCGCUGGCAAAGGUUUGGGGAGGUAUCCCCAAGUCCCCCAUUCCUCCAGCCUGGAAUGUGAAGUGACUCCCCAAUCCCUUUGGUCAUGGCACCUUUUGGACUGGGCUGCCACUGCUUGGGCAGGAUAAGGUGCCAAGAGGAGCAUGGGUAUGGAAGUCCUGACAGCCAAGAAAUAAAUAAAAAUUUACCUCAGAGCUGCAAA